AUGGGACGCCAUUCAAUUACCGAAGAAAUUUACGAUGAUGAGUCCAAAAUCAACUUCGGUGUACCGGACAGUGUCCGAAGCGUGGACGGGAUGACACACAACCCAGCGCUGGGGAGCUCAAUUCAACUAUUCGAGAGCGACCCUUCAACCGAGGAACAAAAAAGACGAAUCGAAGUGCGAGAAUGGCUGAUCAUUAUCUGUAUCGUUAUUCUAGCAAUGAUGGAUUCGUUCAAUGCGACCAUUUUAAUCCCAGCCUUACCUGACCUGGCAAACGCAUUCGCAAAGCCACUAGCAAGCACAAUGUGGGUCAACACGGUAUACCUCCUUUUCGGCGCAACCAGCCACCUCUACUUCACAAUGAUGAGCGAAGUCUUCAACCACGGACCCGUAUGGAUCAUCGCUGUGGUCCUCGCAACAAUCGGCACAGGAAUCUGCUGCGGCUCGAUGAGUCUAGCAGAGCUGAUAAUCGGCCGCAUGAUCCAGGGUAUCGGCGGCGGCGGCGCAAUGAGUCUGUGCUUCCUGGUAAUGACCGAGACAGCGUCUGAAUCCAUGCACUCACGAUAUUCGUGCUAUAUCCUGUUGACGCGCAUGUGUGGCGGCAUCCUGGGACCCGUUAUCGGAGGUUUGUUUGUGGAUAACGCGGACUGGAGGUGGGUGUUUUAUUUCAACCUCAUUUUCUGUGCUCUUGGUUUGCUGGCUAUUCCGUUCGCUGUGGAUCUUCGCGCAUUGAAAUAUAUCCCGAUGUCCAAAUUGCGCGGUUUAGAUUGGACAGGUAAUACUUUGGCCUUUUUGGGGCUUGGGGCUAUUCUGGUUGGUCUUUCUUACGGUGGAAGCUCGUAUCAUUGGGGCAACUGGCAGACGAUUGUGCCUCUUGCGGUGGGCGCUGUGGUCCUUCUUGCACUUCUCUUCUAUGAGACCAAGUGGGCUGUGUAUCCACAGUUUGGGAGGAGGGUAUUUCGCUCGAGGAUGAUGGCUAUGACACACCUAGGGUGCUUUUUACAUGGCUUUGUGGUCUUUGCUCACUUGCAAUUCUUCCCACUGUACUUUAUUUCCACUCAUUAUAUGUCCGUCACUUUGUCUGGAAUCACCUUGCUAGCCAUGGUUGGGCUUGCGAUUGCGCCGGCUACGGUGGUUGGUGUAAUUUUUGCGAAGGAGUUAAGAUGUACCCAGUGGAUCAUCUCUGGCGGUUGGGUAUUGACUGCCCUGACAAGUGGAUGCUCUAUUCUCUUGGAUAACUCCACGCCGACCGUGGCGUGGGUAUUUCUGUUGUUCACAGCAGGCCUUGGACAUGGUCUGUUGCUUUCCAGUUACAAUGUCCGCAUCCAGAAUCUGCCCAAAGACGGGGAUGGAUCCAUGUCAACUCUGCCAACAACUAUGUCAUACUACAUGCGAGCUUGGGGUAUGGCAGUCGCGGUCCCUGUCGGGGGUGUUGUGUUGUUGAACUGCUUCGGCAAUGGACUUGCAAGUGUUGAGCUGGAUCGGGAUAUAGUAAACUCUGCCAACGGAUAUCUUAUUCUUAUGAAGGACGUGAGCAUGACAAAUAAACAGAGAGAAGCAGUUACAGUUGUUUCAGUCGCGGCCUUUCAAGGAGUAUGGGAUCUCAUCACGGGCGUGGCUAUCCUCGGCGGAGUUUCGUCCGGUUUCCUAUGGCGAAAAAAUUGA